AUGGCUUCCACCACCACCACCACCUUCACCAUCACACUGUUAACAUUCUCUCUCCUCAUCUCCCACUCCUCCUCCUACCCUUCCUCCACCAUUCUCGACGCCGCCGAAAUCCUCACUACCUCUGGUUUCGAAGCCAUGGCACUCAACCUCGAACUCGCUUCCCAUACUCUCCUCGCUCGCCGCCAAUCUCACUCCUUAACCGUUUUUGCUCCGACGAAUUUUGCCUUCAACCAGAUCCCUCAGCUUCCUCUCUCUCUCCUCCGUUACCAUCUCCUCCCUCACGCUUUCUCUCUCCAUAGCCUCAGAUCUCUCCCUUACGGCGCCAACAUCGCCACUCUCCUUCCCGGUCACUUCCUCACCGUCACAACCUCAAACCGUAGACUCUCCAUCAACAACGUCACCGUUAAUCCAAGGCCUUUACUCUCUGACGGUUCUCUCGUUAUUUUUCAAACCGAAACCUUCUUCGAUCCUUAUUUCCAGCUUCCUCGUCCUUCUUCCAGCGCUUGUUUUCCAGCAAGAAAGAGUGCCGGAAAGAACAGAGACGAUUUCGGUUUCGGAUCUAAGCGGUUAAUCUCCGAUUCGUCGACAUUUUCUUUCACGGAAGCUAGCAGUGCUUUGAGAUCAAGAGGAUCCUCUAUUAUGGCGUCGUUUCUUGAUAUGCAGUUUAUAGGUCUUAAAGAACGUCCAGAUCAGAUAACACUGUUUGCGCCGAUGGAUGAAGCUAUGGCGAGCCACAUCGGAAACGUAACCGAAUAUUCCGAUAUCCUUCGCCGUCACCUUGUGCCUUGUAAGAUCAUGUGGAGCCAUUUGGUAACGUUGGAGGAAGGAACGUUGAUCGGGACUUAUCAGAGAGGAUUCAUAUUGAAUGUUACUAAAUCUCUUGCUAGUAGUGACUUGUUUUUGCUUAAUAAUGGAGUUCCAGUGAUUUUCCCUGAUCUGUAUAACAGUGAUUGGCUUGUUGUUCAUGGAAUCGGAGAUAUUCUUUUGGAUACUACGAUUACAGAAGAAUCUGUUCAGCAUGCAGAAUCUUCUUCGUCUAAGUUUGAUCAUCAUCAUCACAAAAAUCAUCAUCAUCAUCACGAUCGUGCUUACAACCCUGCAGAACAUUCUCACUUCUCUGCAUUUCAUUAG